CCUGAUUGAGCAUUUCAAACGUUAGGAAAUUAUUUUAACUGUCGCUAUCUCACGGUUCUUAUAUGUCACACGGAAGGUCCUAGGUCAACACCAGUCAACCCUCGUUAAGUGACAAAUGACGAGAGGAAAUGAUAAUAAGAUUUUGAAUUGUAGUUCGUGAAUAACAUCAAUAUGAAACGAGUCAUUGUGGAGAAUUUACGCCGUCGCUUGACUGCUAACGACUAGAGUAUGUUGGCUUUUGUGUCAUACUUGUUUGUGAUUGCUAGUAUUACUGGUUAGGUAAGUAAAACUGUAAAACUAGCAUAAGUAUGGUGUGGAUACGCUAGAUUGUAUCAACUUCAAUUUGAAUAUUGAAAUCCAACGACCGAUACAAAGAAAGCGCGAUAGAAAUGUUCUUCGAAAAAUAUUACAAGAGUCGACUUGUGAAUUAAGCGUUGCCGUCGAUACGAUAAGCCUAUUACUUGACCAUCAAUAUUGGUAAAUGUAUUUGGGUGCUAAUCUCAUAAUAGCCGUCUGCUAGCCAUAUUCGCCGAGAAAGCAUUGAUUGAAAAUAUGGCACGGAAUUCAGAUCCUGAUGUCCUUAAAGGAAAACUGUCGAAGAAAAUCGCAGAAUUGAGCACUAUAGUGCAAGCACUAUUUACGAAAAAUCACGAAAAGGAGCUCGAAUUGACGGCAACGAAACAAACGUACGAUAACGAAAUUAAAAGGGUAACUGAAGAAGGGAAGCACAAGUUAAAUUGGCUCGAGAAGCAACUAGACGACUUAGAACGUUUCCGCACGUUACUCGAAAUGAAAACGGCUGAAUGUGAACAGAGAAAAGAAACGAUCGAAUCGCUUCACAAAAUGCAAGUGGAAUCCGAGCGAAAGGUUGUCGAACGUGGGAAGAUGCUUACCGAAGCAUUUGCAGAGAUUGAAACUUUAAAAAGUGAGAUUGCAGCACGCUCUCCAGAGGAGAUCCAGAAAAUGAAGCAAGCGAACUUGGAGCUUUCCGAAAAACUUUUAAAUGAACAAGAGCACUUGAAAGAAGAGAAAGACAAUGCAAACGAGUUGAAAAAUAAGCUGAAAACAAUCGAAGAGAGUUUGAGUGAUAUGCUCGCGGAAAAUCGAACCUUAAAAGAAGAAUGCUGUCAGUUGAAGGAGGAGUUGUCUUUUGCGCAAGACGAAGUACGAUUGCUUAGAAAUUCACUCCACGAAGCAAAACGCCACGGAGGACGCGCGCUCCAAAGAACGCAAAAACUCGAAGAGAAAACGAGACAAAUGGCAGCCGAAAAUUUGGCGUUAGAAAGAACGAAGCAAAAUCUAAAUGAACAGAUGAAUAAGAUCAUUUCAACCUCUCAACUGAAAGGAAAAUCGAAAAUAACAUUGAAUGAGGUUAAAUCUCCUGGCAAAAUGAAGAAAGUUGAUAUCACGACACUAUCCUUGGAUGGAUUAAGUAAAAAACCAGUUAGGGAUGAGGAAGUUCGGUAUUUGAAGAAAGAAAUCGAAAAAUACCGUCUCGAAUUGAAGAACAGAGAAGCAAACUUUAACCGUGUGUUUGCAGACAAAACUCCCUUGAUCAUUAAAAAGCCAAUACAGAUCACUGCCGAUGAAAUGCGUUUACGAAAUUUUACCGGCUUGUCAAGUUUCAAGAAUACAUAUGCAACGUUACCAUCCGUUGUUGGUGUCGAUUCAAAAGCUGCAACGUCAUCUUUACAUUCAACUAACAGAAAAAAAUUGUGAUUUUUUAAUGUAUCUACAAAACGUUGUAAGUAUAAUGACGUGCAUAAAAUUAGCGAUUGUAAAAUUAA